GUGUUCUCCAUGCCUGUGCAAAUCACAAAGCAAGUUGAACUUAAGUGAACAAUAUUUUCAUUGUUGUUAUUAGUUGACUAUACGUCCGACCUCUUCAAGAUCUCAAAGUGUGAGUACACAGUGACGAUAUCUGAGCACCACACUUGUCGGCCAUGGACUCGUCACAAAGUGGCAUCCCUCAGGUGGCUGCUGCAGCAGUCUUGGUAGAGAGCCAGCAGAUGGCAGAAGAUGCAAUCAAAGUCCAGGGGUACGAUUUCAACAAAGGGCUCGAUUUCCACGAGUUGCUCAAGUCAUACACUACUACGGGAUUCCAGGCGACAAAUUUUGGUCGGGCGGUGGAGGAAAUCAACAAAAUGAUUUAUACCAAAUUCCAACCAGUCCCUGAAGGUAAGCGACCAGAAAUCAACAUGAAUCCGUGCAAAAGAGAACUGACGAAUUGCACAAUUUUUUUGGCGUACACAUCUAACUUGAUAUCGUCAGGAGUUAGGGAGACAAUACGAUACCUUGUGCAACAUAACAUGGUUGACUGCAUAACAACAACAGCAGGUGGAAUUGAAGAAGAUCUUAUCAAAUGCCUGGGAUCCACCUACCUGGGCGAUUUCCGCCUUAAAGGGAAGGAACUCCGAGCUAAGGGCAUCAACAGGAUUGGCAACCUUUUGGUUCCAAAUGAAAACUACUGUAAAUUUGAGGACUGGUUGAUGCCGAUAUUGGAUGACAUGUUAAGGGAGCAAAAAGAGGAGGGAAUGUCAUGGACGCCAUCCAAAAUCAUCCACAGAUUGGGAAAGGAAAUUGACAACCCAGAGUCUGUAUGCUACUGGGCUUACAAGAACAAUAUUCCAGUGUUUUCUCCUGCCCUGACGGACGGUUCCCUUGGUGACAUGUUAUACUUCCAUUCAUACAAGAACCCAGGUCUAGUCGUGGAUAUUGUGGAGGAUAUUCGUCGAAUAAACAGUCAGGCGGUGUAUGCGAUCAACACAGGAAUGAUCAUCAUUGGAGGAGGAGUGAUCAAACACCACACCUGUAAUGCUAACCUAAUGCGAAACGGAGCAAAUUUCUCGGUGUAUUUGAACACAGCCUCUGAAUUUGAUGGGAGUGAUUCUGGAGCCAGUCCUGAUGAAGCCGUGUCUUGGGGGAAAAUUAGGACAGAUGCCACACCUGUCAAGGUGUUUGGUGAAGCCACAUUACUGUUUCCACUCUUGGUUGCUGAAACGUUUGUGAAAAAUUUCAAGAAAUACAACGAAGAAUGCAAAAAUAAUGAUUGCCCAGACUUGUGA